GGUGUGUCGACAUUAAAUCUACCUAUCAGUUUACUUUGCUGUCAAAUCGCGUUCUAAAUCCCACGUCAUGUGUUUAGGCGACAGAUUUGAACCGCGUCAACAAUAGAUAUAGGAAUAAUUUACAGUUACUCUGUCGUUUAUACGGGUAAACGAGUGAUAUAUAAAUGUAAAAGGGGAAUUUGACGUGUAUUAAUUGCAAACCAAUAAAAUCAAUAACCAAUUCUAGUACUUAUAGUUCAUCAUUCCACAAGUGCUGCGUUAUUGAUCGGCAGACUUGUUAUUCGAUAUCAUGGGCACGAAGAGCAGCGGGAUGCCAGGACAGAAAUCAGUCGUCAUUGCUUAUAUUUUAUGGUUUUUCACUGGUAUCUUUGGAGGCCACCAUUUUUAUUUACGCCGGGAUCGACAUGCUUUUGUUUGGUGGAGUACGCUUGGGGGGUUCCUGAUAGGAUGGAUAGGGGAAAUUCUUAGGAUUCCUCGGUACGUCCGCGAGGCUAAUGACGAUCCACGGUACUUGGAAGAAUUGGCGAAGAGGGUAAUCCAGAACAAAAAGCCGCCAUUUUCUAUGAAUCGAUUCACUGGAAUGCUGAUGGUUGGAUAUUCCUGGGCGCAAAUGACGAUGUUUGCUAUACCUCCGGAUUCGUUCUGGGGUAUAAAUCUCCGAUACUUGAACCUGCUGAUUCCGGUGGCUGUUGGAGUUGAUAAGGGAAGACCUCGGAAUGUGGAGGUGAACACAGACGAACAUAAAACUGAACUAGUAAAUUGUGAGGAUGGUUCUAAGGCCAAGUCUAAGGGUGUAUGGACUGUAGGCAACAUCGGGAACGAGGAGGGAUCUCUCAAGUGGCCGUUACUCGGGGCAUUUAUUGCCUAUCCCAUACGUUACUACGUGUUUGAUGAUAGUAUCUGGUUUACUAUAAUGCUUCUUGCCUCAGCCUGUGCAUUCGAUUCCUACUCCAAGCGUUGGCGUAGGACUCCGAAGAAGAAGACUCAUAACGCCAAGCGUGUUUCCAUCCUGGCUGCUUGUGCUUGUAUUUACCUGUCCCUCUGGUGCAGCUAUCUGUAUUUCCAUGGUACAAUCACUGACAGCGAAGGCGAUGAGGUACCCAUCUAUGAAGCUCUUCAUCACUUCUUUACGAGUCCUUGGUGGUUGGAUGUCAAGCAAUGCAUCGCUGAGACUUACCAGUAUGCCCAGCAUCAUGGAUGGUAUGAAGUUUGGAAACAAAUUAUCGACUUAUCGGAUCCACAUGGCGAACAGAAUGCAUACAGGGUGCUGGGAGUUAAUCGGGAUUCUUCUCAAUCUGAGAUAACUUCGGUUUGGAGGAAACUAUCUCGUGAGAACCACCCUGAUAAAGUGAAGGACGAAGCAGAACGCAGGGCUGCACAGGAACGCUUCAUGGAGAUUCAGCAGGCGUACGAAAUCCUCUCGAACAGCAAGCACCGCCGCAACCGCAGGAACAAGAAGGACAACUCGGACGAAAUAACCAUAUAGGAUCGGGUUAUCGGUUUCGCACGCUUAUACGUGCAGAAAACCGUAAUUGUAUAUCACAGACUGGUAUAUGAAGCUAAAUAUCCUUAUGACUACAUGGUCGGUUUGAUAUCCUUAAGUCAACUGCUUAUCCUGCUCCUUUACUUCUUGGCUGUACUUGGACCACUGGCAAUAGUUGGAGUCUUAAAAGUUCUGGGCUAUUUAUGCGAUGUCCUGUUGAUAGUGGUCUACAUAAUAGUUCAAUUUUUUUGUUUCCUAUGGUGGCUAUGCAAACAAUACCUUCGUCUGAUUCGUCGUCGUUGGAACCGCUAAGCACAUCUUUCUCAACAAUGUUUAAUCAAACUAGUUUUAUGUGUGUAUUUUUAAUGUAGUAUUUCUAAUAGGUCUUAGUGCAGUUUAUGACAUGCGUAGAUAAAUCAUCUUUGUGUAUACGAAAAUGAUUUGGGCACUGAGUUUCUAAGAGUAGCCUUGCGCUGGCGUUGAUUAGACUAUACACGGCAUGAUACAUUAAAGUAACGAUGAAUUUGAUUGUACGAGGUACUUAUUUUUGAAAUACAUAUAUGUCUCAAAUACUUUAGUGAGCAUUCACAAGAAUUGUCUCAAAAAAUAAAAACGUGGCUAUUUAACCGAUUUAUAUUUAAAUAGAAUUAGGCGCAGUAUUUAAUCAUAUUUAUUAUUAGUCUAGUAUUGCUUAAGAUUUUUGUCUAUUUAACUUGCUUUAAAGAGCGAUCGUAUCUAUGGUGAGACCUAAUGGAUGACUGAUAAUGAAGUCUUAGAAUGGCUGGAACAAGAGCUUCCAAAACAGGUGUUGUUAUUAAAUUAUAUUAUGUAUAUAUACAUUAUAUAUAUACAUGUUCAAUUGUAGGUUUGAAAAACAGACAAACAAGUCUUCCUUUCUGGCUCUAUUAUAAUUUCAAAUAUUUUUCUAAAUUCGUUAUCAAAAGACAAAAUUUUAUGAUAUUAUUUUUUUGAAUCUCAUUUAAUAUACUUAAAUAAACCACUUACCUAGUGGGAUUUUUUUAUUUUCAAUUGUAGAUUAUACUAAGUAGAAAAAUAUUUAUUACUAUUAAAGUACUGUACACUUUAGUACAUGUAGAAUGUAGGACAUGAUGUAUGUUACUAUUUAACCCACGAUAUUAAAGGACUGCUCUUUGCUAUUAGACUGUAGUCGUUUUAUAUGUAUACAAUUUAAAAAUAACAAAAAAUGUAAACAGUUACCUGUAUAAAUAAACGAGCUGACUUUAUGAAGCAUUUCUAUAUGCCAAAUGAAUUUAAUUUAGUAAGACGAGCGUUCGAAGUAGUAUUUAUGUUUGAUAUAAAAAUAUCAUUAUCUUGGAAUUGAAAAAAUCGGUGGUUAUGAUUGUUACGAGGCCGUCCAACCUUUUUCGAAACCAAGUUUUGAUGAAGUAGAUAGAAUUUAUUUAAUUUUAACAUUUGAAAUUUUACUAAAAUGUGACUAAAUUAAAAACUGUUUUGGGGUUUUGGCCUUUUCGUCCCCAAGACAUGUUUAAAAAUGUAAUUUUACUAACAUCAAGCCUGUCGCUAGAUAGCGUAUAGCUUCAGCAGAACAUGGCAAAAACUGAACGCACAAGUCGCGAUAUGUUAACUUAUUUAAUAUUUAUGAAAAUGUUUAUUAAGAUAAGUACAUCAUAUAUUGGUCAUUAAAUAUUGUUGUAGCUAUGCUUAAUGUAAUCAAUGCAGUAGACUUACACUAAGAUACUCUACGAUUUAAUGUAAUCCAGGUAAUUUAUUGAUCUGUUAGUGAAUCUCUAAUUUAUGAUUCUGAUUUUAAUUACAUUCCAAGUUGAAAUAGGUUGUAAGAAGAUUGCAUUUGUAAGUUAAUUUAUAAUUUUUAGAAUUUGAUGAAAAAGGUUUUUUAUAUUUUCUAUUUUAUUUUUUGUUUUAUAAUUCCAGAUAUUAUCCUAUCGAAUAAUGUUAGUAAUCGGUGUUUGAUGUGAAAUAUA